CAAACAGUAGCGUUUUGCUGUUGUCGAGUAUGUAAACACAAUUAAGACAUAAUGAAGACAUUGUUUUUUAUCAUGCUUGCCGCCUGUGGAAUUUCAUGUUCGUGCGGACAGAAUGAAAAAGCAACCAACAGCGAUCUUUUUACUAUAAAAGAAGUUAUAGAUAUAGACAUUUACAAACAAACGACAAAACUCUAUGAUUUCUGUCCUACAAAAGACAGGAAAAAAUUCUCAGCACCAGAUUUUGGAGGAGGAGAAAAUUUGAGCUUUGAAGGCUGUGGAAUUUGGACAUCUGACCCUACAACAGAAAAUGACAGACCAUCCUGGUUUAUUGUUACAAAGAUGAAAGAUAGCGACGAAUUUUGCUGGGGUGUAUUAAUUUCUGGCAGAUCGGUUAUUUUAACUUAUUGUGAAUAUUCCGAGAAUUUGAACAACUUUGGAGAAAUGCAAGUUUUUGGAGGCGAGUCCUGCUCCAAUCAUGAAGAUGGCUGCUUUUAUAAUAAGCGACUAUUGCAGGAAUUGAAGGUUAUCAAUGUGACACCUUUGCGGUCACAUUCAUUGAAGGAAAAGAUGUGGUACAUGUUCACAAGUAAACUAAAUUUAAAUGAAAGGAAUUUGAUGCCAAUAUGUCUUUACAACCGCGACAAUUCAGACGACUUAAGUAACUCCAACUCGUACUAUGGGUUUAACACGAAAUUGAUCAAAGGAAAACUUCCCGAGCAAGGAAAUUGUUGUGUCAGAAGUAAUGAUGUCACCUUCAAUGACAGUAUGCCAUACUGGCGAGCUCACUUUGAUGAACAAAUAUGCACAAGUUUAUGGUCUCAACGCGUCUUGAUAAAUGGCAGAAAAGAACAAAAUGGAGCAACUCGAUAUUUUCUGAGAGGGCUUAUAAGUUUUAUAAUUAAUUCUGACUAUAAUCACUUUGGUUCGUUUGCGGACGUGAACGCCUGGUUGCGUGAGGUCGUUUCUUUGGCACCAGAUUUGGCCCUGAUGCCACACAUUCCGCCACCGAAAACACCCAUACAAUUUAAAACUGGCCUCAGCUAUCCGGACUGCGGAAAGGUGCAAAUCGCGCAGAACAUUGCAAGAAGGCGCACUAGGUCAACCGACGACCAGCGGCCCACAGGCCUUGUAUUUGGGGGCGUUAAUGACCAAAAAGGAGCAACCCCAUGGCACGUCAGUAUCAAUGUGCACGGCAAGAGGGGAAUCUACACUGACGCCUGUGGUGGCACUUUAAUUUCAAAUACAGCCAUUUUAACUGCGGCUCAUUGCUUGAACGAGAAAGUGAGAGGAAAUCUUUUGUUACUUAGCCCAAGUCAGGUUGAGUUGACUUUUGGAAAGUAUGAUUCCUCCAAAUCCAAUCACAUGGAACCCUUCAGGCAGUCUUAUUUUACAAAAGAGGUAUUGAUCCACCCUGAAUACAACCAAUCUGCAGAAAAUUUCGAAAAUGACAUCGCCUUGCUGAUUAUUGAGCCAAAAGUUCUGACUUUUAAUGAAAUGGUGCAGCCGGCGUGUUUGUGGGCCGAAAAAGAUAACGACAUUGAAAAAAUUGCCGGCUCACAGGGAGAGGUCGCCGGUUGGGGACUGACUGCGGAAAACAAACGCUCUGCUGUUUUGCAAAAGGCCUAUCUUGACAUUGUUACACAUCGGACGUGCUUUUCCAAUAAUAAGAAUUUCUUCGGGAAAUAUUUAAAGCCAACUCUGAACUUUUGCGCUGGCAUACCCAACCAAGCAACAACUUGUGUUGGCGACAGCGGUGGUGGCUUGACGAUUUACAACAAUGGUCGGCACUACUUGCGUGGAAUCACCAGUUUUGCUCCUGAUAAACGGGAGAACGUAGACGGAAACACAAUUUUCGUUUGCAGCAAAAAAUACUAUUCCGUCUUUGCCGAUGUUACAAAUUAUAUGGAUUGGAUUGUUAAAAAUGCUUUUGGUAGGAAUCCAAAGAACAACCCGUAAUAAUAAAAAUUGCAAAUUUCACACCAAGUCUCUAAAUAUUUCUCUCUGCCUACUAAUUAAUUUAAGGAUUUUCAUUAUAAGUGUUUAAAAUAAUAAGUUAGGAGAGGGCUAAAUGAUGUUAUAAAAACUUGAAUUAAAGUAAAAGGAAAAAGAUUAAAAAGGUACUAAUUUGCACUUCCAGGGAUUGAAUUGUAAAACAGCAUGUCAAAGUAGUUCU